UCCGAGGAAGCGCCGUACUCGAUCCAGCUGCGCACCGCCCAACCCAACUGACCACGCGAACGAAGCGCACGCGUGCGUACGUCAUCCUACGACGGCGGCCAUGGCGGCCGCCGCCACUCGUCUCCCGCUCCUUCAGCUGCUGCUUCUCCUCCUCUUCUUCUUCCAUCUCACUGUGGCGAGUACGGAGGCGGCGGCGGCGGCGACGGAGGGCGACGACUUGCUCGCCGCGGCGCGCGAGCCGGCGCUGGCGGAGUGGGUCCGCGGCGUGCGGCGGCGCAUCCACCGGCGGCCCGAGCUGGCGUUCCAGGAGGUCCGCACCAGCGAGCUCGUCCGCGCCGAGCUCGACGCGAUCGGCGUCCCCUACCGGUGGCCCGUCGCGCGGACCGGCGUCGUCGCCACGAUCGCCGCCGGCGGCGGCGGCGGCCCCGUCGUCGCGCUCCGGGCGGACAUGGACGCGCUCCCCGUGCAGGAACUUGUAGAUUGGGAGCACAAGAGCCAGGAAGAUGGGAAAAUGCAUGCUUGUGGCCAUGAUGCUCACACUGCAAUGCUUCUGGGAGCUGCUAAGCUACUUCAACAACGCAGGCAUGAACUCAAGGGCACUGUAAAGCUUGUGUUCCAGCCAGCAGAGGAGGGCAACGGGGGCGCCUACUAUGUUCUUCAGGAGGGCGUCCUCGACGACGUGUCGGCGAUGUUUGGGAUGCAUGUCGAUCCAGCUCUCCCGGUAGGCGUGGUCGCAUCCAGGCCAGGGCCAUUUGCUGCGACGUCAGGCAGGUUCUUGGCAACGGUUACUGGAAGAGGUGGCCAUGCUGCGUUGCCCCAUGACGCCGUUGAUCCUGUCGUCGCUGCGUCCUCUGCCAUCCUCAGCCUUCAGCAGAUCGUCUCCCGCGAGAUCGAUCCCCUGCGGGGUGCAGUGGUAUCUGUCACAUUGGUGACGGGAGGAAACGCUUACAAUGUUAUUCCCGAGUCUGUGGCAUUUGGUGGCACCUUCAGGAGCAUGACUGAUGAAGGCCUAUCAUAUCUGAAGAAGAGGAUCGAAGAGAUCGUGGAAACGCAGGCGGAGGUGCACCGGUGCGCCGCCGCCGUGGACUUCAUGGAGGAGUCGAUGCGGCCGUACCCGGCCGUGGUGAACGACGAAGGGAUGUACGCCCACGCGCGGGCGGCGGCGGAGCGGCUGCUCGGCGCGGCCGGCGUCCGCGUGGCGCCGCAGCUGAUGGGCGCCGAGGACUUCGGCUUCUACGCCCAGCGGAUGCCCAGCGCCUUCUUCACCGUCGGCGUCGGCAACGCGGCCGCCAUGGCGGAGGGGGGGAGGGUCCACACGUCGCACUCCCCGCACUUCGUCGUCGACGAGGACGCGCUCCCCGUCGGCGCCGCCCUCCAUGCCGCCGUCGCCAUCGACUACCUCCGCAAGCAUGCGUGAUAUUGAUCGAUGCGUGCGUCCAAGUGAAGCAUGUGCUGUGUGUAUGUAUGGUGGAAGAUGGCUUGGUUUUUAUUGGGUUUUAUAGGGUAUGUGUGGAGGAUAUAGGGCAUGCAUGCAGCCAUACGCAGUGCAUGUGAUCUUAAUUAUGCAAUAGUGGCACAUUAGUCCAAAGUCUACCAUUUUCUCAAAAUAUAUAGGAUAAAUUAUAUAUGUAUAUACCUCGUCAUGUUUAUGGAAAGCAGUUUUUUAUGCUUACUGGCAAAAUACUCAUGCUUUACU